UAAGAGAGUGAGGCAGUGCACUCCAUUUAUCCAAGAAUCUGCUGGCAUGGAGCUGCUCGUUCAGCACUUUUUUACAGUCUUGGGACUUAUUUUAUGCCUUCAGCUUCUAAUAAAAUGUCUUGGAUUUUCUAAGUACCUGUUUCCACAACUUUGGGGUGUGUUGCCACCAUCUUUUUUCCAAACAUUGGGAGAAUGGGCAGUUGUGACUGGGGCUGGAGAUGGUAUCGGUAAAGCAUAUUCAAUUGAGUUGGCAAAUCGUGGCAUGAAUGUUGUGAUGAUCAGCCGAACCCUUGAGAAAAUGCAGAAGGUUGCUUUGGAAAUUGAGCAAACUACAGGAAGAAAUGUUAAGAUCAUACAGGCUGACUUUACCAAAAAUAACAUAUAUAAACACAUUGAAGAAAGUCUUAAAGGUCUGGAGAUUGGAAUUCUGGUUAACAAUGUUGGAAUGCUCCACAGUCCUGAUCCUUGCUGUUUUCUUGCUGUUUCAGACAAUGAUGAGAAUCUCAUUAAUUGCAAUGUCGUCUCGGUUGUUAAGAUGACAAGACUAGUAUUGAAGCAGAUGGAGCAAAGGAGAAAGGGUCUUAUUCUGAAUAUUUCCUCUGCUUUUGGCAGCUUUCCUUGCCCACUUUACACUAUGUAUUCUGCUUCCAAAGUAUUUGUUUCUACCUUCUCCAAAGCUCUUUUAGCUGAGUACAAAUCCAAAGGGAUUAUUAUACAGGCACUUACUCCAUAUGGUGUUUCUACUCCUAUGACAAAAAACCAAUCAACGAAUCUAAUAACAAAAUCUUCAAGAGACUUUGUACGAGAGUCACUAGAUCACAUUUCACACGGAAGUGAGACAUUUGGCUGCCUUGCACAUGCAGUUUUGGGAUGUAUAUUGAACCAAGUUCCACUCUGGGUGAUCCAUAGCACAAGAGUACAAGAGUAUUUUUUGAACAUCAUUAGUGCUAUUCAAAGUAAAGAAUAAAUUGUUUGGAAGACAAAACCUAUGUUGGCUGCCAAUAUCGGAUCUGCAUCUUAGGAGCCUAUAGGCACUAAGCAUCUUAAGCCCUGCCAUUAUUAAAGAGUACCUGUCAUCAAACCAUAUUUUCUUAACUAACUCAGAUUAAAUUCCCUUACUAUACCUAACACCCCUCCUGCCCUUAAAAAAUGUUUUUGCCAAGCUUUAAAAAGCUCUGUAUCAAACCAUUCCCCUUGCUCACAUUGUGUGAGCUCCCAGCAGGAGAAAGUGGGCGUUUCCCAGCAGGCGCGACAUCACUGAAGUCUGCAAGAGCUGUGCCUCGCCAUGCCCCACACGCACUUCCUGAAUUUGGUCUCCUGCCAGGCCAGAAGGAGACCAGACUAACUGUUUGACUUGCGCAGGGAACAGAACAGAGCCACCUAGUGGCCAUUUUUUUUGAUCACAUUAAAAACAGAUAAAGGUUGAGAAUUUUAACAGCAAGUAAAAUAGUAAAGUGUCUUAUAAUUACACAAGGAACAAUAUAUUAAGUUUAGUUUGGUGACAGGAGCUCUUUAAGGGAAACCAAAUGAAACCUAAGCACAACAUUAUAUAUACAGAGCUGUGUAGUA